AAAUACCGUUGAAAGUAUUUCUUAACAAGAGCAACAACAAAAGUUGCUAAGUUGCCAGCGGUUGUGUAUUACAAUACAACUAUGAUGUCACGUUACAACCUGACAACCAUUCUAUGAUGUCAUAUUAUGUCAUAACUACAGAAAAAAUACUAUAAGGAGAUAAAGAGAAAUUAAAGAGUGUUAAUCCAAUAUCCAAUAAACACUGAUUGGGACAAAAUGUCACCAAAUACACUGUACAAUACACAAUAUGUUGUCAGAGCUCAAGAUCGGGAAAUUCUGAUGACUGUGAUUCAACCAAUAACUUGUUAACAUUGCAACUGUUGACUUCACAUUGCAUCCAUUACAUUACUAUAAACAGUUUGAAGUGUUAGUUAUUAUUCUUUAAUUGGAUUAUAUCUUAGCUCAAGAAAAUUUGUACAAAAAGAAUGAUGAAAAAGUGAACUCUUUUCUAAGUGACCUUACUGACCAUCACCUCAUUACCAUAGCAACUAUCCUCCUAGCAGCAAAAUCAUGCAGGAUCCAUACUCUGCCAUGAUGAGCUCACAGCAGAGAACUGAUCAUUUCAAGUCAUACCAAAUGCAGCGUCAGAAUUCAAAUAGCUCAAACCAGUCGCCACCAAGUGCCGGUUCUAAUUUUAACAUGAGUUAUAUUCACGGUCUGCAAUACACUCAAUCUAUGGGAGGUUCCGAUCUCUACAAUGCAAUGACAAUGCCAUCUUCAAUGGCGCAAGAUUUUUCCCCCUUACCAGCACACAUGGGAUCUCAUUCAUCAAUGAAUUCUAACUCAAUGUCGCGUAUAAAUCCAACCACACACACCAUCACACACACAGCAACUUCACCGAACGCAUCAUCGCCACCGAAUUCUUCCAUUCCGAUAUCUGAAGUAUCAUCUCCGGGCCCCUCAUCAAGUCGCCUCAGCACGUCGCCAGAAAGUCAUAGUCAGGGAGGUAACUCUCACAUGUCAAAUCACUCUCAGUCUCCCGGUGAUAUUUGUAAAACUGAAUCCAGUGACAGUGGUUCGGUCAAGUCAGGAAACGAAGAUGAUUCAGGGAUUCCGCCAAAAAAGCGAGCACUUAACGUGCCAGAGGAACAAAGAGAUGAUUGUUAUUGGGAGAAACGCAAGAAAAACAAUGAAUCAGCAAAGAGAUCUCGCGAGGCUAGAAGAAUGAAAGAGGAGCAAAUAGCUCUGCGCGUCGUGUACCUGGAGCAAGAAAACCUCCAAUUACGAACUGAGGUGUCCCUCUUAAAAAGUGAGAUUGAGAAGUUACGAUGCAUGUUGUAUAAUUCUUAAGAGAUAUGGAUGAUUAUAAUCAAAGAACUUAUGGCAAUAUUGAUAUGGUUCAAGAUGAGAAUACGGUCCAUGUUUUUUUUUCUCAAUCAAUCACAGACACAAACAAAACCAAACAGUGCCAUGCUCUUCUAGUGAACAUCAAAAGUUAAACAAAACAAAUCCGGUUAAUAUGUAAAUGUGGAAAUGUUUGGGUUUGAAUUCAUCAUUUCUCUUCAAAAUAAUUCCCUCGUACUUGUUUGUUGCUGAAUAUUACACAGCAAAGUGAAAGGAUGUGAAAAACAAGUGAAAUGCUCAAAAAGUUUUAUUAAAAAACAGUGUAUUAGUUUGGAACCUGCUCAAAUCACUCAGGGAAAUUUCUAAAGUGAUAAAGUGGCAUAAGGGUACUAGUUUGUACCAGUAUAUAAUUUAACUCAGGGACGUUGGACCAAAAGUUUUUUCAGGAAAUUUUGUUCAAUUUUGUUCAGACUAAUGUAUACAUACAUUUUGGUGACAGAAAUACAUAACUUUUGGAGAUUAUAAAAAUUAUUGAAAACCCCCCGGUGACUUUGUUUUGUUUAUGAUGAUUUCUAUGUUGCAUUUGUUCCUUUGUCUUCAUUACCAGUAUUAAUUUCUAUAAAUAGAAUAUGCCUGUGUGUAAUUGCAAUGGUGUGUAAACACAAGUGUGUGUAAUGUAUAUGAUGAUGUAUUUUCUGUGUUAAUAAUAUCUCUAUGUUGCCAUAUGAUGCUGUUUGUUUUCUGAAUUUACAUUGUAAUAUUGUAUUAAACUGUUAACAACAUUUUAACCAGGAUAUAUGCACCUUUUCACCGUUUGUCAUUAUGUAAUAAGCGUUUUGCCCUUUGCAUUAUAAUUUAUACUUAUUACUGGUAUAUAUAGGUAAUUUCAUUUAUUUAUGAAUGCUAUUUAAAUCAAAUAAAUGUUUACAGUAAGAUGUUAAAAAAUUUCUGUAAUUAACGUAAAAGCUAGCCAAACAUUAGUUCAAGUCAGUAAAAAUAAAUUAUUUCAUUUUUUCUUGAAAAAUUGUACAGUUAAAAAUUACUUUUCAUGCCAAAGAUGUUAAAAAAUUGUGUAUUAUGUACU